GCGGCUGAUGCUAGCGAGAAGAAGAUACUCAACGUGGAGUGGGACGAGACGUCCUUCGGCAGCAUCGACGGCCUCGACGCCACUCCAGAGGAGAAGGCUGCGUUGCUGACGCUCAAGCAGCAGAUCCAACGGGCGCAGGCCCAGUUCCAGGAGAAGGAAUCGGAGCUGCAGAAGUGGCUCACGGACAUGAAGGAACAUCGUCGUAUCAUCGAGGAGAGGGCUGCUAAGAAGCGCAAGGCGGAGAACGGCAAGAAGCAGCAGGAUGGGCAGCCGACUGCCGAGGUGCCGAAGGCGAACCCAGCAGCAGGAGGAGCAGGGGCCGAGGGUCCCACUGGCCCCGCCGCGGCGACAGCGGCCAGCCAGGCGACGUCGGCUCCUGAGGGCACCACCGCCAACGCCAACGAGCAGCAGCGCAUCGCGGAGGAGGCCAAGAAGUUGUCGGAGGCCAUGUUCGCAGCGGCUGCCAUGGCUUCCAAGGCCAAGGGCAAGGGCACUGCAGCUUCGGCCUCGGCUACUGGCGGCGACCAAUCACAUUGA